ACAACGACGACAGCAACAACAAUGGUGACCUACACCUCCAAAGCGGCCAGCGUAUGCCUCACCUGCAAAGCCCGAAAGAAAGGGUGUGACAAGUCGCUGCCACGCUGCCGCUCCUGCGUCGAUCGCAACCUGGUCUGUCGGUAUCGGAGCGCGACCUUGAGUCCCACACAUCGAUCGGUCCCCAAUAGCCAUGCUGACCAGAGCCACCGAAGAAGCGCUAUCGAGCUCCCAGCCAGAGAUCGCACGAGCGCUCCGACACACAACCUGGCGUCCAGUCCACCACAUCCACACCUCCUGAAGGCUGUGCCGGCGCGAGCCAUCGACCCUACCCUUUGUGGUCAGGCUCAGGAGAUUCUCCAAGCAACCGGGCUGUACCUUGACGAAAUCAGCGUCCGGUACUUCCAGGGGAUUCACACCUUCGUCCCCAUCGUCUCCCGACGGCGGUUCCACGCCCGACUCCUCUCCUUCGGGGCCGACCCUCAGCCCGACUUCGCGCUCCUCUUACUAUGCAUGGGUCUCCUCACACACUGGGUAGACUCGCCCGAUCAUUCUAACCCACAGAGGAAUCUCCGCGCUGAGGAUAAAGCGCACUACGUAGCCACCAAGUCCCUCCUGGCCCAGGCACAGGCCCUCUGUGCGCCCACCACGCAUCUCAUCCAGGCCGGCGUGCUGCUGGCGGUCUACGAGUAUGCCCACGGCCACCCAGAGCAGGCCUUCGUCACGAUCGGAAGCUGUGCCCGCAUGGCGUAUGCGGCCCAACUACGCUCUCAACCCUCGCCGACGAGCGCGGCUCACCCACAAACCGACCGGAUCGCGGCGGAAGAGGAGAUCAGCACCUGGUGGGGUAUCCGGAUAUGUGAGCGAACAUUCCUUUGCGAACUAGCGAUCUUAGAGCAGCCGCUGGGGUCCGUGAUGCCCAGCUCGGAGGUAGUGCUCCCGCUCGAGCCCAGCGUUCUCGACCAGGGUGCCCCGGCCGCGGCGGCUGCAUCCCGCCCCGCGAUCCAAGCGCUGAGUGAGGCGCCGCAGGUCGGCGGCUUCGGGCGCGCCGCGCAAGCGGCCUGGCUGCUGGACAGGGUGCUACAAGGGCUAUCCAUCACGGACCCCGCCCGCAAGCGGGCGCACCUGGCCGACUGCGAUCGCACCCUGCAGUCGUUCCUGGGCAUCGUAAUGCGGCAACACGGCGGCGAUUGGAGGGUGUUCUGUGGUGCGAUCGCGCUAACGAUCCGUGCACUAUUCCUCCUCCAUAGGCAUCUCCUGGACCAACGUGCCUCAGAUUCUCCAGAUGACUACACCCCAGCCGACGGGUCCCAGUCGACUCUGCACACGAUAACGAAGAUGGUCAUCGACAUCGCGGCCACGCACGAGUAUCUCACGAUCAGCCAAAUUGACCACCUCCCGCCAAGCUGUGUGUAUAUCAUGCGGGAGGCGUCGAGACACAUCCACAACUCUGGGUCGGCGACGCCAGACCCGCAGCUGCAUAGAUCGCUGAAGCAAUUCGAGGCUCGCUGGAGACCGUGGGCUCCGCCACUGGCUUGGUAA